AAGACAUUAUAGUUUCUCACGGAUUCCGUUUACGCACGCGGCUCCGCAGGUUUCUACCCACUCCACUCUUCCCCUUCUUGUUUUUUUUUUCUUUUUUCUUCCUCACUCCCCCUCUUUGCCGUCUCCACCCCAGAUUCCCGUGCAGUUUUUCCCAAUCCCAAACACUUAAUUGAGCAAUUGGGAUUCCUCACGUGUGGGCUGAUUUGUAGUUUGAACACGUGGCUCAUUCAAAAAAAGGAAAAGAAAAAAAAAAGCCGGAGAUUUUUUUCUUCUUUCUUCUUAUUCUAGGCUCUAGACUUAGAGGCGGGCGCCAACCUUACCGUGUGUGUGACAUUCUCUGUCUCUUUGCCAAGCUUUUUUUUUGAAGGGGGGGAAGACACAAAGUAGUUUCUCCUCCUUUUUUUCCACCCAGCCCGCCAUCGUUUGGAGACACGAGAUUAAUAAUUGAGCAUUUAUUUAUUGCGCGAUAGUGACAGUGGGGCGAGGGAGCGCAAACGCACGGAGAAGCUUGCCAGUUUAAAUCUAUCUGUGGCUCUCAAACGACCGGGAAGCACGCCGCCGCUCCACAGUACAGUAAAGGCGAUUCGGGCGACUCCAAACACCGCGUCUCUCCCCACUCAGCGUCAAGACUGUCCCUGAUUUCGGCGUGGACCAUGAAUAAGCUAUACAUUGGUAACGUGAGCGCGGAGGCGAGCGAGGAGGACUUGGAAACUAUCUUUAAGCAGUGGAAGAUUCCGCACAGUGGUCCGUUUCUAGUCAAGACCGGCUAUGCGUUUGUGGAUUGCCCGGACGAGAAGACCGCAAUGAGGGCCAUCGAUGUUCUCUCAGGUAAAGUUGAACUUCACGGAAAAGUUCUGGAAGUAGAGCACUCGGUUCCUAAACGUCAAAGGAGCUGUAAGCUGCAGAUCAGGAACAUCCCGCCUCACAUGCAGUGGGAGGUUCUGGACGGUAUGCUUGCUCAGUACGGUGCAGUAGAGAGCUGUGAACAAGUAAACACUGAUACAGAAACUGCCGUUGUCAGUGUUCGAUAUGCAACCAAGGACCAAGCGAGGCUUGCGAUGGAGAAGCUGAACGGAUCCAUGAUGGAGAACUUCGCCUUGAAAGUGUCUUAUAUCCCAGAUGAAACGGCUGCACCAGAAGGUCCUUCUGCGGGCGGCAGGAGGACCUUCAACUCUCGUGGACCUCCUCGUUCAGGUUCUCCUGGUCUGGGAGCACGGCCCAAAGUCCAGUCAGACAUCCCGCUGCGCAUGCUGGUCCCCACGCAGUUUGUAGGGGCGAUCAUCGGCAAGGAGGGCGCCACUAUCCGCAACAUCACCAAGCAGACCCACUCAAAGAUCGACAUCCAUAGGAAGGAGAACGCAGGUGCAGCGGAGAAGCCCAUCACAAUCCACUCCACCCCAGAAGGCUGCUCAAACGCUUGCACGACCAUCAUGGAGAUCAUGCAGAAGGAAGCCCUCGACACAAAGUUCACUGAGGAGAUUCCACUGAAGAUCCUCGCACACAACAACUUUGUAGGAAGAUUAAUUGGAAAAGAAGGACGCAACCUGAAGAAAAUCGAGCAGGACACGGGGACCAAGAUCACCAUCUCACCGUUGCAGGAUCUCACCCUCUACAACCCAGAGCGGACUAUCACAAUAAAGGGCUCCAUCGAGGCGUGCUCAAGUGCAGAGCAGGAGGUGAUGAAGAAAAUCCGGGAGUCGUACGAGAGCGACAUGGCUGCUAUGAACCUCCAGUCCAACCUCAUUCCAGGCUUGAAUUUGAAUGCGUUGGGUUUGUUCCCCAGCGGAGCACCAGGCAUGGGUCCUUCAAUGUCCAAUGUCCCGCCCCCUGGAGCGCUUGGCGGAUGGAAUCCCGUCCUGGACGCAUUUUCACACAAAACCUACAUUAUUUUUGCCCCUGAUGCGAGUUCUUUGCAUCAAAAUGCCCAGGGACAACCGGAGUCGGAGACCGUUCACCUGUUCAUCCCUGCACUAGCAGUGGGAGCCAUCAUCGGAAAACAGGGUCAGCACAUCAAACAGCUGUCACAUUUUGCAGGAGCCUCAAUCAAGAUUGCUCCUGCAGAAGGAAUGGAUGCCAAGCAGAGGAUGGUCAUCAUUGUUGGACCUCCAGAGGCUCAGUUUAAGGCCCAGUGUCGUAUAUUUGGCAAACUAAAAGAAGAGAACUUCUUUGGACCCAAGGAGGAGGUGAAGCUGGAAGCGCAUAUCAAAGUUCCCUCGUUUGCUGCGGGACGCGUCAUUGGAAAGGGUGGAAAAACGGUAAACGAGCUUCAGAAUUUGACCUGUGCUGAGGUGGUGGUGCCCAGGGACCAGACGCCCGAUGAGAACGACCAGGUCAUUGUAAAGAUUAGCGGACACUUCUUCGCGUGCCAGCUGGCUCAGAGGAAGAUUCAGGAGAUCCUGACUCAGGUGAGGAGGCAGCAGCAGCCCAAGUCUCCAUCAGGAACCCAACCUCCGCUGCCUCGCAGGAAGUAAUGGUCCAGUGGAUCCGGAGGAAUGGUGACUGAAUCUGUCUCAAGACUCGACAGAUGGACAGAUGCAGCAGAGUCCGAAGGGGAAGAAAGCAACAGUGGGUCCUCACGCUCAUCUCAGGGGUCAGAGGUUAUGGAAACCAAACAUCCACCCCUUCCUGAUUUACUUGAUGGACUUUGAAGUGUGGCAAAUAAGACCUUGUGCCUCUAAGGCUCCACCCACUUCACCUCUCUGCAUCUUUGUGAGAAUGUACUUCUGAGGGCUCCCAACAUCUCCCGCCCUCACGUGUGCACACCCCUCGAUCGCUCUCGUCCCCCACGGGUGUGUGCAUUUUUUAUUUUAUUUUAUUUCAUUUUGUUCUUUUACUCUAGAAACAGAAGAAACCCCCCCUUCGGUCACCCCUAUGGUGUGGUACCUUAAACAUGACGAGAUGUUUUGACUUCAGAUUUAGUUUUUCUUUUAGCGUUGAAUUGGUUCAAGCUUUCUCAUGAGUUUUCUCUGUAAGGAUGAAACGGCAUUGCUAGGUCCUGGUCGGACCAACGGGGGUUUAUUUGGGGGGAGGGUUGGCUCUGGCUGGGUGGGCCACGUUUAGGGGAAAGAUUCUUGUUUUAGGACAGGACCCCUGAGAAAAGGUGGAUUAUAAAUCGGGCGUCCUGCCCUCAUAAUGAUAGUGGCAUUUUUAAAGAAAAAAAAAAUUCGGAUGCAUUUUAUAGAUAGAACUAUAUAAAUAGAUCGAUAUAAAUAUAUAUAUUUAGAAAAGGCAGCGCUACGACUGACACUUUGGGAAAUUGUGCCGAACUGCUGCUGCCCAGAAAAACCAAUUUAAUAUGCAUUUUGUUUAACUACCUCAGGAUCUAGUACCUCAGAAGAAAAGAAAAGAAAAAGAUUAUAUAUAAAAAAGUUCCUUUCUUUUUAUUUUAUUUUAUUUUUUUUUUUUGGUAUUUUGUAUACUUUAUAAAGCUGUUAGUCUUUGAACAUUUUUAUUUUUUUAAGAAAAUUAAAAAUUUUGGUCAGCUGCCAACUGACCUUGCCUUCAACUCUGGUGCUUUAGGUGGCGGGCGUCGUACAUGUGUACGUGUGACUUGAGACGACCCCGUACAUAAAGUCUAUUUGUACAUAACGGCCCUGAAGCGAGAGUUGGCGCCCCUCAUCUGGCGGCUGACAGGAGUUAGAGAGAAAAAUUGCCUCAGUUUUUCCCCCUGAGGGUCCACCGUCUUUUCUUUUCUUUGAAGAAAAAGAACAAAACAGCUAAACACAUGCUAGUAAUGCCAACCACACGUAUUCGCAGCAAUGCCAAUUCAUUUCAGUUUACUAUUGGUACUUUUUAUUUGACAAAGUCCUUCUUUAAAUUUUGGCCUGCAGCUCAGACCGUAAGACCGAUGGGUCCUCCCUGUAGCUGUCGUCAGCAUCUUUUUGUUUUCCUUCGGGUCUGUUGUUCCCAGGUCACUUGCGUCUGCCUUGACGAAGCCAAACUAGGUUUGUUUUUCCGUAGGAACCAAGUGGCAUGAGUACCUGGCCAUCACGUCAACAUUAAUGUCACUCACUGCACGGUGAGGGUAGGGGGAGUCGCAUCAAUUUAUGUAGUUUUUGCUCUUUAGGAACAUGAUUUUUGACCUUCUGUCUUCUACAAAUGAUUUUUUGUUGCUCAUGCAGGGGAAACAAGCUAGAAAACGAACCCCGACUUCCAAAACCUAAAAAAAAAUAAGAAAUAAAAAAGGAAUCUACAUAAUUUCAUUUGUUUCCAUGUGGAAUGUAAAUAUGAUUGAUUGUGGUGAAAGUGCUCGAGUGUAUCCAUGCUUCCACAGUAGAACGCAGUCUACCUCAGCUGAGGGGGUGGGGUGGGGGGGUAGUUGUGGCUCUAAUCUCCUCACCCCGCCCCCACUGAGUGCCAGCGCGCACCAAUACCUCAGUCCCAUGUACACUUCUUUCUACCUGGGCGCGCCACCAUGCUUAACUGAGGGGCACAAGUGAUACUUAAUUACCCAGCAUCCCCUGUGUUACUUCCUCCCUCCCCUCUUCCAGUUUGUUUUGAUCUACCUCUUUAGACACAUAUUCGAAUUAGAGGCAUUCUUCUAUUUGUUAGUUUAUCCCCCCGAUAAGAGAACGUCCCGACUUGUUUAGAGUAACUGAAAGUGGUAGAAAUGUUUUCAUUUGCCAGUGUUUUUAGAACUGCUCCUCAGGGCUCCAUGUGUGGAGUCCUCUGCUUUCUGUUGUUGGUGCUGUGGCUUACAUGUAUUUGAACUCUUUGCUUUUCUGUUUUCCUCCUGUAUGAAAUUCAAAUCACUUGUUUUAAUUUUGCUUUCAAUAGUUGUUGCAAGAAGAACCUUUUCUGAUUUUUAAGGCUUCAAAAUAAAAGUCCUUUUGGUUUUUU